GGGUUCGUUUGAUGGCAUUGGAGAAGAGAAGUAACACUUGAUAAAAAAAAAUAUUAAAACAUUAAAAGAGUAUAACAUAAGUAAUUUGAGAUGUGUGACAUACCCCCUUGGGAAUUUUGGGCCUUAGCUUCCACAGUCAGAGCCCAUUUAAAAUAUAUUAAAUGGCCUUUUUUAAUUCCCUCCAAUUCUUCCCGCCAAGAAAUCUAAAAAUAAAAAAUAAAUCCAGAAAAUGAAAUAAAAUACCAAAAGAUCACGAUCCACUCGUCGGAUUCAGAAAGCAAAAUCCGAACAAGAAAAUGGACAAGGCACCAGCAGCAACCGGCUGCUACAAGUGCGGCCGACCAGGCCACUGGUCACGUGACUGCCCCUCCUCCUCCACCCCUACACCCAAUUCUAACGCCGAUCCCGAUCCCAAUCCCAAUCCUAACCCUAAUCCUACCAAUCCCAAUUCCUCUUCAUAUCCUUUCAAAAGCGGUGCUGGUACUGGGAUCGGAGGGAAGGUUAAGAAGGUGUCGGUUCCGAAGACUCGGCCGAAGCUGACUCCGGAGCUGCUUCUCUCAGAUGACGGCCUCGGCUACGUCCUCCGCCACUUCCCUCGCGCCUUCAAGUACCGCGGCCGCGGACACGAGGUUAGAGAUUUGGGAAAUCUAAUUGGGUUGUACACACAAUGGCAUUCGCGUUUGCUCCCGUAUUACUCAUUUGAUCAGUUUGUUCAUAAGGUCGAACAAGUUGCCGCUACCAGACGAGUAAAGAUGACGCUGAGGGAAUUGAGAGAAAGAGUUGCAAGUGGAGGAGACCCAACAAAGUUGCGCGAACCACCAGUCGAGGAAGGCAUUCCAAAUGAUCAACAGGAAACUUUGAACCCUGAGGGACCAAGUGAUCACCAGGGGGGUUCGUCUUCAGGGAACCAUGAUGUGGAUGAUAUGCAGGAAGAGAUGCUUCAUGAAAUCUAUGAGAAAGCUACUCAAGAACCGUCUGAGACGUUCCAUGGUGAGAUGGUUGCUGCUAGUGCUAGUAUAUCUGCAGCAGAUAGUUUCCAGAAAGAAAUAACCAAUCAAGUUCAAAAUAAUGAAGCUAGGGAAUCCAGUGAAAAUCAGAUGACAGAUGAACAGAAAACGCGAAUGGAAGCUAAUAGAUUGAAGGCACUUGAUAAAGCUGCAGCUCGGCGCCGCCAAUUGCAGGCUGCUUGAGCUUCCGUUUCUCUUCUCUCUUGCUCUAAAUUCUGUUUCAUGGGGUUAUGACACAGAUGGGAAUUGCAGGCACGCAUGGUUUAAGGCAUCAAGGCAGAACUUUCUGUCUUCAUAAUUCUUUGUAUGGCGAAGUUUUCUUCAUAUAUUUACGCAUGGUUAUGUGCAUUUUGUUUGUAACAUCGUAGUAAGGGGAUAUAAAGGCUUGUUUGGUACCUUGGUCCCAAUGUGCAUCCAUUCAAAAUCCAUUUCAGGUUUUAUCUUUUUUCUUAUAAUAGCGACGUAUCUGAGACAUAUCUGAAACGAAUUCAUUGCCAGCCACAUGAUAUUGAAUCAAGACGUCACAAUGAUGGGGAGCUCGUUUCUUAUAAA